AUGCAACAUGCGAGUAGAGAUUAUAGAGAUUUUUUAUUUUUAGGCUAUGGAGGCGGAUUGUCGAAAUCUGCUCUUGACACACAUUCACAUCUACGACAACCUGAUCCAUAUCAAAUGUUUGGCGCAACGAGCAGCAGACUGGCGUCCUCGGGGUCUGGGCAAAUCCAGCUCUGGCAAUUUCUUCUAGAACUUCUCUCAGACUCGAGCAACGCAGCGUGCAUCACCUGGGAGGGCACAAACGGGGAGUUCAAGCUCACUGAUCCCGACGAGGUCGCGAGACGCUGGGGCGAGCGCAAGUCUAAGCCCAACAUGAAUUACGACAAAUUAUCUCGAGCGCUCAGGUACUACUACGACAAAAAUAUAAUGACAAAGGUGCACGGCAAGAGGUACGCGUACAAGUUUGACUUCCAAGGACUAGCUGCGGCGACACAACCGGCGGCAGCGGACCCCGCAGCGUACAAGUACCAGAGUGAGCUCUUUAUGUCGGGGUACGGGCACGCGAAACUCAAUCUAAUGCCUCCCCCGGCAGCUUCGGUGUCAGUUUCGGUCCCCGGUGGUCUUUUCCAGUCGGCCUCCAGCUACUGGAGCAGCCCAAGCGCGAAUCUUUACGCGGGGCACCACACUGCGUCGGGACACUUGAAAAUUAAUUUUCAAGCUCGUAUGAAUUUUUUUAAUGACAAAAGACAUUGA